AUGGGCAUCCGAGGCAUGCUGCGAGCCGCUGCGCUCCUGCUGCUCAUCAGAACCUGGCUCGCAGAGAGCUAUGACCCCAGUCCCACCCCAAAAUUCCAUUUCGAGUUCUCCUCCACCAUGCCCGAAGUCGUCCUGGACCUCUUCAACUGCAAAAAUUGUGCAAAUGAAGCUAUGGUUAAUAAGAUUUUGGACAGGGUGCUGUCGAAUUAUGAUGUCCGAUUGAGACCAAAUUUUGGAGGUGCCCCUGUGCCUGUGAAAAUAUCUAUCUAUGUCUCCAGCAUCGAACAGAUCUCAGAAACAAAUAUGGACUACACAAUCACAAUGAUUUUUCAUCAGACCUGGAAGGAUUCUCGCUUAGCAUACUAUGAGACCAACCUGAACUUGACUCUGGACUAUCAGAUGCAUGAAAAGUUGUGGGUCCCUGACUGCUACUUUGUGAAUAGCAAGGAUGCUUUUGUGCAUGAUGUAACUGUGGAAAAUCGUGUAUUUCAGCUUCACCCUGAUGGAACAGUGCAGUAUGGCAUCAGACUCACCACCACAGCAGCCUGUUCCCUGGAUCUACACAAAUACCCUCUAGACAAGCAGGCCUGCAAGCUGGAGGUGGAGAGCUAUGGCUACACGGUUGAAGAUGUUGUCUUAUCCUGGGAAGACAAUGAGAAUGCCAUCCACAUGACUGAGGAGCUGCAUAUCCCUCAGUUUUCUUUCUUGGGAAGGACGAUUACUAGCAAGGAGGUGUACUUCUAUACAGGUUCCUACAUGCGCCUGAUCCUAAAGUUCCAGGUUCAGAGGGAAUUCAGCACCUACCUUGUACAGGUUUAUUGGCCCACUGUCCUCACCACCAUCCUCUCUUGGAUAUCAUUUUGGAUGAACUAUGAUUCCUCUGCAGCCAGGGUGACAAUUGGCCUGACUUCAAUCCUUGUCCUGACCACCAUCGACUCACAUAUGCGGGAUAGACUCCCCCACAUUUCCUAUAUCAAGGCCAUUGACAUCUACAUCCUUGUGUGCUUGUUCUUCGUGUUCCUGUCCUUGAUGGAGUAUGUCUACAUCAACUACCUUUUCUUCAGCCAAGGACCUCGGCGCCACCGUAGGCGAUACAGGAGACCCAGAAGAGUCCUUGCCCGCUACCACUACCAGGAAGUAGUGGUGGGAAAUGUGCAGGAUGGCCUGAUUAACGUGGAAGAUGGAUUCGGCUCUCUUCCCACCAGCCCAGCACAGGCCCCCCUGGCGAGCCCAGAAAGCCUCGGCUCUUUGGCAUCCACCUCAGAGCGGGCCCAGCUGGCCAUCCCGGAAAGCCUCAGUCCACUGUCUUCCCUCUCAGGCCAAGCCCAGUUGGCCACUGGAGAAAGCCUGAGUGAUCUCCCCUCCACCUCCCAGCAGGCUCUUCAUGGCUAUGGUGUCCACUUUAAUGGCUUCCACAGUGAUGACACUAUUACUCCUACUGAAAUCCGUAACCGUGCUGAGGCCCUUGACCAUGCUAAGUCCUAUGACGAUGAAGACUCCGAAGAUGACCUGAGUUUGGAUGAGAACCAUGGCCAUGGCCGCAGCAGGAAACGCAUGAUGUACCGUGGCCAGAGCUGUGUGCUAGAAGGAGGCUGGGACCUUGAUGAGAUCCAGAGCUUCCAUGAUGACAUCAAUGUCGAGAGCCGAAGCCUUGACCUGGAAGACCAACGCAGGAGUGAUACUCACAGUAUCUGGAGCCUUGAUGAUGAGGAGCUCAUGGCCGGUGACCAAGAGAAUGAUAGUAGCUCAGAGUCUGAGGAUAGUUGCCCACCAAGCCCUGGGUGCUCUUUCAAUGAAGGGUUCUCUUUCUACGUCUUUAGCCCUAGCCGUGUCCCCAAGAUUGACAAGUGGUCCCGAUUCCUCUUCCCUCUUUCCUUUGGCCUGUUCAACGUAGUUUACUGGCUGUACCAUAUCUACUAG